CAGAAAUAAUGUUGGUCCAGCAGAUAUGGAUAAGAAGAACUAGCUAAAAAAAUUCAGUUGGAUACUUUUAGGAAAAUGAUACGGGUACAUCUGAGUGGUUGGAGAUUAGACCAAGGUCUGGAGACUGGAAUGAUAUGAGUCUUGAGCAAUUCUCUAUUUGUGCUUGGGUUUAUUUCACAUUUCAAGGAUACUUUAUCAGUGCUCUUUGGAGUUUUAGCACCAUGGAUAUUGUCAACUUGGUUCAGCUCUACGUAAAAACAGAUACAGAGAAUGAAAAUGAUGGAACUACAGUAUUGUUUAAUACAUGGGUUUCAAUAAAUGACACACACUAUAACCGGACUGUUUUAGGAAGUACAAUGCUUCAUCGAGAAUGGAUUCACAUUUGUUGGCUGAAUAACGGAACCACAAGUAAAGCAUUCAUCAACGGAAACCUUAGUUCAGAAUAUACUUCUACCUCACCUUUUACAAGUAUAGCAAUUAACAAAUCUGCUGAAUAUUCAAUGAUAAUUGGUCAGGAACCUGAUUCACUUAACGGAGACUUUGAUCCUAAUCAAUCAAUGCGAGGGAAAAUGUCUGAAUUUAAUAUUUGGAACUACACCCUAUCAACAGACACUAUCACUGAAAUGUCAAUAUGUAAAUCAGCACUUAAAGGGAACAUUGUGACUUGGGAAAAAGAAUAUAUCACAUUUCAUGGCAUUUACCCUGUGUUGACAAGUGUGGAUGAAUUUUGUGCCCCCUUCGAAAAGUUAAUAUUCGUACCAGAUUCAAUGAAUUACAAUGAUGCUGAAAACUAUUGUAGGAUCCACCAAGGGUAUAUAUUUACACCUUUUUCAAGGUCCAAAAAUAACUGGCUUGUAGAGAUGACUCAUAAAUCCAAGGCAAGCUGUUCAAAGGAAUCCUGGAUCAAUAUUUUGGCUAAAUGGGACAACAAAAUAAUAAAAGGGACCAACAACACAUUCAAUAAUUGGUUAAAACUCAAGGAAGGUGAUACAUGCGGAUUUGUUGGACUGGAUGGAAUGUGGGGCAGUAAAAGAAGUGACAGCUGUGACUUCCUAAGCAAAUGUUUUGCUUGUGCAUUUUACCAUGAACCUGUAUUUACAUUAAAAGGAUUUUGUCUUAACUUCAUGCAAUCCUAUAACUACUACAUAGACUCUAAUGAAAAUAGAAUUCAGUAUCUUGGAUAUAAAGGAAGCUCUAUCACUAGAAGUGAACAUGGAUGGAAGUUGUUAAAUGAAAGAGGAGAGGAAAUUGUAUGGACCAUCAAAGAUGAUCAUAAUCCACUAGGAAGAAAGACUUGGCUUGGAACUUCUGAGGAAUGUAAAUUAUCUAGAGAAGAAAUUUUGCUCACUUUUUCAGCUUGUAAUAUGAAACAUAGCUUUACUUGCAAUUCAGGGCAAUGUAUUGAUAUUGAUAAGUAUUGCAAUAACCAUUUGGAUUGUAAUGAUGGUUCUGAUGAAGAUGAUUGUAUGCGUAUAUUCACUGAUAAGAUAUAUUCAAUUUAUGAACCUCCAAAUGCAGAAAUUAUGAAUAACUCGAUGUUUAUAGCUGUAGAUAUUAUUCAGUUCGACAAUAUUGAUAGUUUGAAAAUGACCAUGACCCUGACAAUGGAUUUGAAAAUAUCUUGGAAGGAUCCAAGACUUUUAUUUAAAGGUCUUACACCUUAUAAGACCCAUGAUAUAAAGGGUAUGUGUAUAAUUGUAUUGAUUAAUAUAUUAAAUUUUACAGGUAUAAAAAACUGCCAUUAUGCCAGUUAAGUUGAACUCACAUCUAGCUAACAACCAUUCUCAUGAACCUUGUUCCUUGUGCUGUUAUUGCCCUUUCUAGAUGAAAUAACAUUUUUUAAUGAUAUCAGUGCACUACAGAUCGAACUGUUCUAUUUUUCUUACAAAGCAAUUAAACAGCUAAGGUCAAUUACAUAAACUUUCCCUGUACCUAUAGUUUAGCUUAAACAUAAUCUGGAAUCUCUCAAAUCUAAUGUAUACGUAUUCCCAAUCUCAUGAACCUAGAGUAAUAAUAUUCUUGAAUCUCAUAAUCUUGAAUUUAAUAAACAUGGAGUAGUCCAAAUUUGAUUAAUUGUAGAUAGCUCUAAGGCCAAUAUCUGGCAGCCUAAUAUUUACUUGGAAAACGUGAUAUUGGGAACUACAGUGGUUGGAGAAAUAACUGAGCUGAAAGCUAUCCCAACAGGUUUGGAAGAGAAGGCAUCAAUUACAAAUGCUGUUGAAAUCAUAACAUUUCAUGGAAAUAAUGUUCUUUUGAAAUUGCAAAAGAGGUUUCAGGGUACAUUCUUCUGUAACAUGGAGGUCUUCAUGUUUCCAUUUGACAGGCAGAUGUGCAAUGUUUCAAUUAUGUUAAGGUUGGGGGACUCAAACACAGUCCAACUAGUGUCAGAUUCAGAUGCUGCUGUUACAUAUAAAGGUCCUGAAAAUCUCAGACUUUUCAGAGUUGGAAUGCUCAACUGGACCUCAGAUAUUGCGGGCAUGGAUUCUAAAUUCAUCUUCUCAAUUGAACUGGAUAGAUUGUACUCUGAGUUUUUGGUCUCGAUCUUCUUUCAAACAUUCCUUCUUUGGCUCCUGGCAUUUUUCACUCUCUUUAUAAGGUUGGAGAAUUUUAAUGAACGCAUCAUGGGUGGCAUUACUGUGCUUCUAGUUCUAGUAUCACUUCUGGCUUAUGUCCAGUCGAGUGUUCCAACCACCUCUGGGCUGAUCCUGAUAGAUAUAUGGUUUGUCUGGUUUAUCACAAGUGUGUUUCUGGUGAUAAUUACUCUUGGGGUUCUAGAGAACAUUCGACAUCAGG